AUUGAAGCUUUAUAACAUGAAGGGAGAAUCUGCUUCCAAACACAAUUUGUUGAUUGUGACAGACGCCAAUGUCAAUUUCAAGAUUUAGGUAUGUCGCUGCUGUUUUUGUUUUUAUUCCAAAGUUUACUCCUUUUCAAUUUCCAAAACACUAUUUUUCAACCCUAAACCCUCAAUUUGAUAAUGUUAAUCAUCUGGAUGCUGUUUCAAUCUUCAAUCGUUUGCUCCAUAAGAACCCUACCCCACCAGCCAUUGAAUUUGGCAAGAUUUUAGGUUCCAUUGUGAAAGCUAAGCAUUACUCAAUUGCUAUUUCCCUUUUUCAACAAAUGGAAGUUAGGGGAAUCAACCCUGACUUAGUAAAUUGCAAUCUCUUAAUGAAUUGUUUUUGCCAAUUGGGUCAUAUCACUUUUGCUUUCUCUGUUUUCUCAAAGAUUCUCAAAAGGGGUUAUCAUCCUGAUACAAUAACUUUUACCACACUCAUCAAGGGUUUUUGUCUUAAAGGUGAGGUUCAUAAAGCAUUGCACUUUCAUGACAAGGUGGUAGCACAAGGAUUUCAGUUGGAUCAAGUUAGUUACGGGACUUUAAUCAAUGGGUUAUGUAAAGUUGGAGAAACAAGAGCAGCUCUAGAGUUGCUGAGACGAGUUGAUGGGAAAUUGGUUCAACCUAAUGUGGUAAUGUACAGCACGAUUAUUGAUAGUAUGUGCAAAGAUAAACUUGUUUCUGAUGCAUGUGAUUUAUAUUCUGAAAUGGUUGUCAAGAGAAUUUAUCCUAAUGUUGUCACUUACAAUGCACUAAUUAGUGGCUUUUGCAUCAUGGGUCAAUUAAAAGAAGGAAUUGAUUUGUUUAAUAAAAUGACAAUGGAAAACAUCAACCCAAAUGUGUAUACUUUUAAUAUAUUGGUUGAUGCUUUUUGUAAAGAAGGGAAGUUGAGAGAAGCUAAAAAUGUGUUUCUUGUGAUGAUGAAAAAUGACAUAAAGCCGAGUAUUGUUACUUACAACUGUUUAAUAGAUGGAUAUUGUCUUGUUAAUGAAGUGAACAAGGCUAAGAGUAUACUCAACAUUAUGGCCCAAAGGGGAGUGGCUCCUGACGUUAGGAGCUACAGUAUCAUGAUUAAUGGACUUUGUAAGAUUAAAAUGAUGGAUGAAGCCAUGAACCUCUUCAAAGAAAUGCAGUCCAGAAAAAUUGUUCCUGAUGUUGUAACUUACAAUUCCCUCAUUGGUGGCUUGUGCAAAUCAGGGAGAAUUACAUAUGCUUUGCAUCUUGUUUGUGAGAUGCAUGAUAGGGGCCAACCACCUGAUAUAUAUACUUACAAUUUUGUAUUGGAUGCUUUAUGCAAAAGCAAUGAUGUUGAUAAGGCAAUUGCAUUAUUGAAAAAAUUUAAAGACUUGGGUAUUCAACCAGAUAUGUGCACGUAUAAUAUUCUUCUCAAUGGAUUGUGUAAAAAUGGACGAAUAAAGGAUUCACAAAAGAUUUUUGAAGAUCUUUUGGUCAAAGGCUACAAUCUAAAUGUCUAUACAUAUACCAUUAUGAUACAAGGCUUUUGUAACAAGGGCUUGUUGGACGAA